GGUUAGUUCGCCGAAAUGUAAACGUCAAAUGUGUCAUGUUUGUUUAUGAAAUUCAGUUCGAUUCGGUACGAUUUCGUUGUCGGUCACGUUUACUUCGUCUGUUAUAUAAAAUUUAAGUUCGAUUGAAUUAAGUUUGAAAUGGCGACGUUAGAAGAUAAGAUUCUCGGUGAAAAACUUCAUAAUUAUUGUAGUAGUAGUGAAGAAAGUGACGGUGAAGAUUCAGAUUCAAGUGGACCCAAACAAUUAAAAGAAAAUGUAGGUUCGUUACCGGAACCGAAUAAAUGGGAAGGAACCUCGACGAAUACGGGACCAAAGGGUGUUAUUAAAGAUUGGCAACGUUUUAAACAAUUAGAAACGGAAAAACGUGUCGAUGAUGAAAAAGAAAGAUUAGAAUUGAUGAAAAAAUUAACGUUAACUGUUCAAUCAGCUUUGGACGAAGAAAAAGAAAAGGCUGAAAACGAUCCGGAUUUAAUGGAAUUAUUAAAUGAUGACUUUUUAUUAAAUUAUCAAAAACAAAGAAUGGUUGAGAUGUUAAAACAGAACCAACAUAAUUUAAAAUUCGGUAAAGUUAUUUAUUUAAGUAAUGGUCAAGAAUAUUUAGAUGCUAUCGAUAAAGAAAAUAAAAAUGUUACUGUUAUUGUACACGUAUAUGAAGAAAGUGUUACAGCUUGUCGAGUUAUGAACGAAUGUUUAAACGAAUUAUCAAAAAUGUAUGAAGAAGUGAAAUUUUGUGCCAUUAUUGGUUCACAUGCUGGUGUCAGCCAAGAUUUUAAAGUUAAUGGAGUUCCUGCUUUACUUAUUUAUAAAGCAGGGCAAGUUGUUGGUAAUUUCGUUCGUUUAUCUGAUGAUUUGGGUGAUGAUUUCUGUUCUGAGGAUCUCCAAGGUUUUCUUAUUGAGCAUGGUAUGAUUGAAGAUAAAUCAUGUACACCGUUAAUUAUUAAAAAUGGAAAUAAUCCAGAGGAUAGUGACUAGCAAUAAUAUUUGUACAUAUUUUUCUAUUAAACUUAAUAAUAAGGAAGAACAUUAUUUAAAUAAUUAAAAUAUAUAUCUUAU